AUGGCCUUGAAGCGCAGAGACGCGAUUCUGGCCGGCGCCGUCGCCUUCAUUGCCUGGGGCUAUGUCGUGAGCUGGUUCAGCGCCCUUCGCUGGGCAGGCUACGCCUUUGGCAGUGGUCUCCUUGUCGGGCUCGUGGCACUUUUGAGCGCCUUGUUGCUAUUUGCACGCAGUCCAUCUGACCGUCGACCGCGACCGAGAGCAGCCUUCUUUCUAGGCCCGCAGCGUUGGCGCGACGAGGUGGCAGCGCUGCGCAAACGCCAGACAUACGAGCGUCCCUCGCUGGGUCUUCCUUCGCAGCGCGUCGCCAUGGCAAUCGACAACUUGCUGAACCUAAUCCUUCGCGACUUUGUGAAAGUCUGGUACAACAAUAUUAGCCUGAACCCCGAGUUUCCAGACGAGGUCGACCGCGCCAUUCGCUUGGCUAUCAUAAGCUUGCUCGAUUGCCUUCACGACAAGGACCUGGUCGAGCUCGUGAUCAGCAGGGUUGUCCCUAUCCUAACAUCACAUUUUCGAGAUUUUUACGAGGCGGAGCGAUCUAUUCGAGGGAAAAAGUUAAACAAAUCAGUCACCGAGUCGGAAGAGCUGGAUCUUGCUAUUGCUGCCAAGUAUAACAGCGGAAAACUUCAUCCUGCGGCUUCCCUUUCUUUCCCUGACACAAAGAUGGUUCAGCAAGACUAUCUCAGAGGUUUGAUAGCCCGUGUUCUGCCCAAAGUUAUGCCUCCACAUAUGCUGUCGAGCAGGGCCGUCUCCAUUAUUGUCAAAGAAAUAGUCAGCUGCGCCGUUCUCUCGCCCGUUAUGCAACUUCUCUCAGAGCCAGACACUUGGAACCAGAUUAUGGAAAACAUGGGCCGCUCGAUGCUGCAGGAUAGAUCAACAGUUCGCAAGUUGAGGGCUGCUCUCGACCAACAUGCUUCGCCUGCGCCACGGACCAUUAAAGUCUCUGCAGCUCCUCGCAUAGCCCCAGGCGACAGCGAGCGCAAAUUUGAAAAGUUCAUUCGCGCAAUUCGGAAAGUAAAUAACCUGUCAGAUGCACGGCGGUUCAGAAACGAGGUUGCUAGUCAACUCAAGCGAGACUCGCUGGAGGAAAAUCUGGAUCAGGUAUACCUGCGCCGACUAGAGAUGGGCAAGAGGCAACUGGAUCAGCGAGUGGCUCAUUUGGCAGCUGGGGGGGACAGGACUGGCCACACAUCUGCUCCUCAAGCCCCCAAAAUGGUCAAGGCAGCUUCCACAUCUCGACUUGAGAACGCUGGACUGGUAGAGCUUUUGCGUGACUCCUCUGGCCUCUCCUACUUCAUGGAAUUUAUGGACCGACAAAAGAUGAUGACUCUUGUGCAGUUCUGGCUGGUGGUGGACGGCAUUCGAAACCCCCUGGAAGACGACGGGCCUGAUGACGAAGCGUUGCCCUCCAACUUGCCCAUGUGGACGGACUCGGAUCGACUAGAUCUACGUCAAAUCCAGCAAGCAUACCUGUCAAAGCCAGAACUAAACGUUCCUGAAUCCUCGCAGGCCAACGCUAGAGAAUUCCUACAGGCAGGCAAGGCCGCCACCCCAGCACAAUACUUCAAGGCACGCAGAUCCAUAUUGCAAGUGCAGAGCAUGGCUUUGGAGACAAUGAAGAACCAGUAUUUCCAAGCUUUUAAAAAGUCGGAUCUGUUUUACAAGUGCUUGGCCUCGCAAGAAUCAACCACCAUUCCAGAGCCAGCACCCAUGGCCUUGUCAGCAUCCGAUAUGGGCACACCACGCCAGACGAAUGGACGCUCGCUUAGCAAAACACCCAAGUCAAAGUCACUGGCGCGUCUAAGUGCUAUUGCACGAAGAGCUGGUUCGACGUCAGAUCUCACGUCUAACGACGGGGAGAGCGACGCCAUGGACCCGCUGGCUGCCACCAGAAGAUCUUUGGACGAGGAUGCGGGCAAUCCUCUAUUUGAUGACGACGAAAUCGAGCAUGACCACAUGGGAGACUCCAUUCCCAACAUUGAACAAGAAGACGCUUAUGGCAAACCUGACACGCAGGCAGUUCAGGCUGUUGAAAAAGCUCUGAAUAAUAUCAUGGAGGACGACCGGCCCCAGACAGCCGCGGACCUGCGAGCCUCUCUUUUUACAAAUGAGGAUAAUUUUGGCAGAAGCCCUGGUGGCCUUUUCGGAGAUGAUGAGGACUCAACCCGAGGGUCUGUUGAUGGCGGUCGGCCUACUGCCGGGAAGGAGGACAAGCCGAGUCUGUCAUCCCUGGGCCUGGUGAGCGCAGCCUCACGAAUUGGCGUCUUUGUGGACGACGAUUUAUUUGCAUACGAGGACAAGCAUUUGUCAGAUGAAAGAGAAGAUAUGGAAGAUGACGACAAUAACGAAGACGAGGAUGAAGUUCACGCUGCUGCUCCAGGUGACCUCGGUCUUGCGGAGGCCAUCACAGUACUGAGCAACGACAUUGACCGCCUAGCCGCGCAAGAGGCUAUCAUCGAUUCCUUGACUAGAAAAGCAGAGUUAACUAACAACACUGCUGAGCUGCGCAUUCUGUUCAAGUCGAAAGCUAGCCUGCACAGGGAAAUCAGACGCAAAGAGCUCCAGCGUCAGCAGUACGUGGUGCAGGAGAGCGAUAACAGCCUCUACGGACGAUCCUCGGUCAAGAUCAAAUCUAUUCAAGUUGGGCGGGAAGAUGAUGGCAGGGAAUUCGCGCUGUAUGUUAUCGAAGUGCAGCGUGAUGCAGGCGAGCAGAUGCCUGCUGCCUCAUGGGUGGUCGCACGGCGAUACAGUGAGUUCCACGACCUCCACCAAAAACUGCGUUCCAGGUACCCGUCUGUCCGAACUCUUGACUUUCCUGGCAGGAGAGUGGUGAUGAAAUUCCAAAGCGAGUUUCUACGCAAAAGACGAGUUGCGCUGGAAAGGUAUCUGCAAGGGCUUCUGUUGUUGCCAGAUGUCUGCCGAAGUCGCGAUUUGCGCGCCUUUUUGUCCGAGAGCGCCAUCGCGCAUGGCGAGAAUUUGCUUGACAGAGAAGACAAAAAGGAUCUUGUGAGCCGAUUGUACGAUUCUGUCACCGAUGGCAUGGAGGACAUUCUAGGCAAUAUACCGGUGCUGGACCAAAUUUCAGUGGCUGGGCAAAAUCUAAUUGCGGCGGCAACGAACCAGCUCAACUCAGGCCCGCUGCAUACCAGUACAGAGGCUUUUCCGGCUGCGGAAGCAGAGGCGGAGCUGAACGCAUUCGAGAGCAAAGAGCUGGAACCGUUUAUCAAGCCAAUCUGCGAUAUUUUCCUGGAAGUGUUUGAGCUCAAUCGUGGUAACAAUUGGCUGCGGGGCAGGGCGGUGGUUGUGGUGCUUCAGCAGCUGCUGGGAGGUACCAUCGAACGCAAAGUACGUGACACGUUCAAGAUGCUGGUGACAGAGGAGCCGCUGCUACGUUAUAUUGGGCUGCUUCGGGACAACAUGUGGCCCAAGGGACAGCUGGUGCGAGACAAGCAGCCGCGAAGUGCGGCGGAGAAGAGGAAGACGCGGACCGAAGCGAGCCUGAUGUUGGCGACGCUGCUGCCCGACCUAGCAGGCAGCGUGGUUGGUCGAGUGAACGCACAGGCAGCAAGCCGUCGAUUAUUUGCUACUUUUAACAACUCGAGACUCAAUGCGCACUUGGCAUUUACAGUGCUGGAUGAGAUUAUUGCGAUACUAUUUGACGAUGAUGUCUGA